CGGGCUCCCGGCAUGGAGCCUGCUUCUCCCUCCUCCUGUGUCUCUGCCUCUCUCUCUCUCUAUGUCUAUCAUGAAUAAAUAAAUAAAAAUCUUAAAAGAAAAUAGAAUGAAUAGUACAUCGAACCCUUGUGCACUGAGAUUUAACAGUUACCAAGAUUUUAUACCAGUUACUUCAUAGAAUUCUUCAUUUUUCUUUGCUAAAGCAUUUAAAAGCUUUAAAAUAGCUUUAAAAUGUAAAAAUCCCUAAUAGCAUGUCAUUUUGCCCUUAUAUCCUUCAGUAAAUAUCUCUAGAUAAUACAGUCAUUUUCCUGUAUAAACCAUAAUGCCAUUAUUACACCUAAUAAAAUAAUCCAUGAUUCUUUGGUAUCACUUAACACCCAGGCAAAAUCAGAUUUCCCUGAAGUCAGGAAUGCCUUUGGACAGUAAUUUUGAUCUAAUCAUGAAAUUCACCUAUCACAUUCGGUCUCUGUCAUUUCAAUCUACAAUGAGCAAGCUCCCCCCUUUGCUCCCUUUUCUGCAUGUCAUUGACUUACUGUAAAAAUGGGAUCAUUUGUUGUUGUCCUGUGGAGUAUCUGACUUUCUGAAUUUGUUUGCUCCUUUUGGUGUCCUUUGACUUGUUUCACUGUACCCUGAAUGGAAACUUUUCCCCUUAUCUUGAAUGUAGGCGUGAGAGGCUCACCUUGUUGGCUGUUAACCUAUACCACACAUUAGCACGAUGGAGAGAGCAGGAUAGGGCUUGUGACUGCAGUGGUGAAGACCCGAGAGUGCAUCUACUAAUUAGCAGCUCCAAGAAGGUUUGAUGUAAGGUCCUUGUUAAGGGUUGUUGCAUCUUUUGGAACUCACAGACUUUAGAGAAUCAGCGAUCCCAUAGUAAAAGGCUGUGGAAGUACUCACUAGGGUAAAUGGCAAUAGAACGAAUCUCCAGACUGUUCAAGUAACUGACAUUUCAGCUCAGAAGACACUUGUCAAAGUUGGAGACUCCUGGGUUCCCUUCUAUUCCACAUCCUUGUGCGAUGGCAGUGUUUUUUCUGAUGCAGUAAGCUUCCGAUUUCCCUCCAUUUUCUUUGUAAAUGAUCUCUGGCGUAGAGAGGAGUUACAAAGACAUGAACUAUGACCCCUUGUAUGACCUCCACAGGUAACAAAACAGGUGGCGGGAUGUUUGACAGUUCCCUUUUCUAAACUGAAGUUAAUGUUAUGAAAAUAAUGGUUACUUUCUGGCAUCGAUAGGAGUUAGGAAAUCUUUGGAUAAACAGAAUAAGGAUGGUUCUUUAUGUUUUUGCUCUAGAGAAAGAAGCAGUGUGUAUAUUGUGUUUGGACACAAACCUGACUCCCAUUAAUGUCCUGCAGGACUAGUUUAAUUAUGCAACAGUCUAUAUGCUUUCUCAUCCAGUGUUCAAAAAGACACUGGUUAAACUCUAUCACUUUAAAUUUUGUGGAAUUCCCUGCAAAACACCAAGAGCUGGAAUAGGGUUUGGUUAUAAAAUGUGAGCUUUUUGUUUCAUUGCCAGUUCUUGAGACAAGUAAAGGAAUGACACUUGGCCCCGGGACUUGAGCCACCAAGCUGCCAUGCCUGCGUGCUUGACUGCUGACUUCCCUAGCUGUGUGUGGCUGGGGUGGUGAUGCAGAAGUCAGGCACGAUGUGAGUUGCUGCUGGAAGGACAGAAGAGAUAGAUGGCCCUUUGGCUUCUUGUCCAGGGUAUCUGUUGUGCCCACCUCUUCAUGAGAAAAUAUGGAUGAUUUCACUUGGCCCUGGAGAAGCUUUUCACUUCUGAUUCUACUCACCAGCUGAAGUUCCAUUCCCAGACUAGAUAUCUUCCUCAGUGACUUCAGAGACCACAUUCAAUUGUGCUUAGCUGUGCUGAUGUAUACUAACAACAAUUGGACUUUGCGCUUCCAGCUGGCCAUCUUUUCUCACCCCUCCAAGCAUCUUGAAAGAAUUCUUUAUAUUCUUAAUCUCCUCUCAAUUUCUCUCCGAAAGUGUGCUUUUGAUGCUUAAAGAGGGAAGGUAUGGAAGUAUACCAUUGGGGUUCCUGGAGAUGGACUCCCACCAUGCUCACUCAGGUGCUUGAGUGAGCAUAAGGACCCCUGAUGUCAUUCAUUUGUAUAUUCAUACAGCAUACAUGUACCAAGGGCCUUCUCUGUGUCCCAACUUGAAUAGGCAUAUUGAUGUAUGGGGCAGGUGGAAACAGACUCAGGUGGAGUACUGAGUCAGGCUUUUUCCCAGCAGCUGCUUCAGAGGGCUGUUGUGGGGAUGUUGGGCAUUAGCUAAGAAGGCCUUAGGGGGCAUAUGACCCCCUAAGGAGGCAGUAGGAGGUAUAGGAGGAGCUGAAUAAAUAUGUUAUUUCCCAGUUCAGUAUAUUGGUUGUUGACAAGAGUAUUUUCCUACCAAGAAUAGUUAUAUACACUUGUUUCAGAAUGCCUGGGACUACAGAGAUAUUGUGGUGAUCAUUUGCUUGUUCUAUGGUUCAAGAAGUUAUGUUUUUACGACUAUGAUCAAUUUAGCCACUGAAGAUUUAAUACAACAAAGGGUUACCCAGAUUGCUCUGUCUAGAUUUGCAGGAGAUUAAAAGAAGGAAAGCAAGGAGAAUAUACUGAUCCCAAGAAUUGAACAGAGCAGAAACACUAUUGCUUCUGUACUUAAAAUAUAUCUGACCCACAGGCUCAUGAGCUCCUACGCUCUAUCUAGGCGAGUCAUAUGUGCACAUUACAUGCCGCCCGCCCCAUAACCUAGUGUUGGGCAUGACUAACCUCUGUUCCUUUCCUCCCACUUCUUGUGUUCUAGCCCCAGAUCCAUAGAAAUCUUUUCUGUCCAUCCUGCUGUUUCCAGUCCUGUGCCCUGGAUGUAUGCUCUUAGCUCUUAGAGCCCCCAGAGAACUUUGCUCUUCCCUUUUAUAUGACCCUUAAUUUACUCUAACACAUCAUUAAGAGGAUGUGGAUGGUAGAGAUCAGCCAGGGAGUAUUUGACUCUGUGGGCCUCCAGGCUAGUAAGGUACUAGAAUGUUCAAGAAUGACCUCAUAAACAAAGCGUUCCCUUCCUGGGCUUUGCUCUCUGGCUUCUUAGAAUCUGGAUGCCAAGGAAAUCCCUAAGCAGAGAUUUUUUUGUUAGAUAAUCAAGGAAUAAAAAUUAGAAAUUUGGAAAAUGUCUCAACAGUUUCAUUACCAGAAUGAUACAACAAGAGUCAUUUCCAGCUCACUGUUGGAUAAUCCAUCACUGGUGUUCUGUGCAAGAUUCGGGAAAUUUCAGAGGAAAGAUACCCAAUGUCAGGCAUUUGUGAAGAGAGUCAUAAUGAGUCGUCUCUUUAAGAUAAUGAUGAUUAGCAUCGUCUCACUGAAUGCCUUUUUUGUAGUCUUGUGGACUGAUUAUAACACAAAAUACAACUUGUUCAGACUUUUUGAGAAUCUCUCUCUAGCCCACUUCAGCUCACCCCAAAUUCAUCUCCGAGAAAGCAUCACCGCUGACCCUUCUGUCUGAAGCACUAAAGUCUUCCUUGGCCUCUUGCCUUUCCUGAACACCCCAACUCCGGCAGCCAGGUCCUGACAUGGUAGCCUCCAAAACACACACUCUCUCCUCUUCCUUUCGAUGCCAACCAUCCCCCAGUCUAAUCAUUUGCCUGCCACCUGCCUCUUCCUCCGUCUCAGAGCUGGUCUUUGUGUCCAUCUAUAGCUCCGAGUUCUGCAUGAAGCUCUACGUGGACCCCAUCAACUACUGGAAAGAUGGCUACAACCUGCUGGAUGUAAUCAUCAUCAUCACAAUCUUCAUCCCCUAUGGUCUCCGAAGAUUCAAGGGCAAGCACUACCCCUACCUCAACAUUGCUGAUGGCAUGCAAUCCCUGCGCAUCCUCAAACUUAUCACCUAUAGCCGUGGCAUCCGGACACUCAUCACUGCCGUGGGGCAGACAGCCUACAUCGUGGCCUCCGUGCUCAUCCUGCUCUUCCUCCUCAUGUACAUCUUCGCUAUCUUGGGCUUCUGCCUGUUUGGAGUUCCAGACAAGGGUGACCCGAAUAACUGGGGGAACCUGGCUGUGGCCUUCUUUACCCUCUUCAGCUUGGCCACGCAGGUUGAUGGCUGGACAGACCUGCAGGAGCAGUUGGACAGUCGGAACUUGCCUCUCAGCCGGACGUUCACCAUCACCUUCAUCUUGCUUGCCUCCUUCGUCUUCCUCAGUAUGUUUGUGGGUGUAAUGAUCAUUCACACUGAGGACUCCAUUAAAAAGUUUGAGCGGGAGCUGAUGCUGGAGAGACAUGUGACACUCAUGGAAGAGAAGCAGGUGAUUGUAAGGCGGCAGCAGGAAGAGGUCAGCAAGCUGAUGCAGAUGCAGAAAAACGCUGACUACAAAAGUUUUAGUGAGCUGGUGGAGAACUUCAAGAAGACCCUGCGACACACAGACCCCAUGGUCUUGGAUGAUUUUGGCACCAGCCUGCCCUUCAUCGAUGUCUAUUUGUCCACUCUGGACAACCAGGACACCACAGUCUACAAGCUUCAGGAGCUGUACUACGAGAUUGUACACGUGUUGAGCCUGAUGCUUGAAGACCUGCCGCAGAAGAAGCAGUCCCAGUCCUCCGAAAAGGCUGAUGAGAAGUAGAGGGGGCGUGGGCAGCCAGGCACUGAGGUGCCUCGCAGGUCGAGCCAGUCUCUUGUUCAACACAGGCUUUCUGAAUUGCCCUCUCUGCAGUUACUUGGGAUCAUGGUAUUUGCCUGCCACUGCGGGAUGGGUCCGAGUAGGCACCCAUGAAGUCUGAUUGCUCCCCAUUCCACAUGAUGCAUUCAGGCCUGGGGAGUGGAGAGAGGGAUGCUCAAGACUUGCCCUUGGCUAGAGGCCACAUGCAAGGGUCAUACUGGCUGUCUCAUCCCUUGACCCCAGCAGCGAGGGCUCACUGGGUUCCUGGAGGACCCCAGACAAAGAAAGGCCUCCAGCAACCCCAUAAGUGUGUAUGGCUUCUUUGGGCUGGUAUAACCACACUAAUCUUGGAACCUCUUAAAGCUGGGCUCCUCUUUGUGGGUGCCUCACACCAGGGAAAGCAGUAUUUCUAUGUACCUACUCUCUUGGGGACCCCUCUUUGGAAGUUGACUUUGCUUUUUCUCUAGGCUCACAGUGGUCAUGUUGCUGCAAUGGGUGUGGUCAUGACCAGUAGGACUGUAUUGUGUGGGCAUGGAGCUCACAGUAGCCUGGCCUGGGGCAGUGGCCCACCAGCAGUGCUGGGGCAUCUCAUAUGGUGUCCACGGAGCAGCAGUAUCAGGCCCUUUGGGCUGUUGCCCCUCCUAUGGUUAAUUAGGACUCUUCACUUAAAAGGUGACAUUUUCUGUGUCAUUCCUGGCCACGUGACUAGCAGGGUUGCCCCUGUCCUGGCACUACCUCGAUCCAGCCAUGAUGGAAUCUUCUGAAGGCAUAGGAAGAGCAGGAUUGGUUGAAAUGACACCCCCACUGCCCCUCUGCUCCCAUUUCUGGGGGCUGUUCUGGAGGUUCAUCACUUUAGCAGUGCCCUGUCUGACAGUGGGAGGAAUAUGUUCUGGGUGGAGCUGGGGUAGGACACUGGCAUCUAUAGUUGAGGGGAACAAAGCCCCAGACCUAUAGUGGGGAGUCAGGUCAGCAGAAAACACAUGGGGUAAAACAGAGCAGCAGGACGAAGAAUCCCUGUGUGGACCCAUGGUCUCCCACUAUGGGUGACAGCGCCUUCAAGGCCUUGGGACAAGGGCACAUGGAAACCUUUCCUCAUGGUUUUGUUCAUACAUCCGACUCCUCCUUACUGAGCUGUGCUGGGUCCUGGGGGUACUGUAAUGAGAAACCCACAGUCCAAUCCUGGUUCUCUUGGGGCCCUCGGUUAUGCGGAGGAAGCAGUAAUCCAGCCAGACUGGAGGAGAGAUUUUCCCUGAGGAAGUGACGGUUUUUUGAAUGCAGAGAGCACAUGUCUUCUAAGAUACUCAGGUUGUUGGCAUUUGCAAAUGUUCACACUCUCAGGGCCAAAUUGAAAAUCGUGUAAAAGUGCGAAGAAGGCUUGCUCUGGAGGGUGAGACCCAUCACCAUGCUAUAGGGGAGCCCUCUGAGGGCAGGGGCUGUAGCCUCGCUGUUUCCUGAGGCGCAGAAGAGCUUAUGCCGGUGCAUUGGAGGGCUCUGGUUCAGGCCUGAGGCAAAGCAGACAUUGCUGCUGCCCGCCCUGCUGUGCACACUGUUGGCAUGCUGUGUGCCUACAUUGCUCAGGAGAAUAUGAAAACACAUUCUCCUGCUCUCACCAGGAAUCCUGAGAGUCGCCCUAGGUCCCUGGAUGUGAACAAAAGAUUAAGAAAUCAGCCUCAGGGAGGUAAGUCGGAAAGUGCUACGGUUCUGGAAUGUAGAGGUCAGGAUUCUGUAAUUGGGUGACCUCAGGCAAGGUGCUAGAUCUUCUGAAAAUUCAGCUAUUUCCUCUGAGAAAUGGGCUGAUAAAAUGGACCCACUUCUAAGGAUCAAAUGAAACAUGUGUGAGGCUGUGAGGAAAGCUGUGGUCAGCUGUGGCCUGUGCUGCUUCGCUGUCAGCUCUGCCUCUGCUGGGUGGCCAGCUGCAGUGGGCCGUGCUGGUCAGGGGCAGAGAAGCACGGGGCCAACACCAGGGUGGUGCCCAGAGCAGGGAGCAGAGGUCAGGAACCUGUGUUGGGGGUGGGCGGUGAAGUGGUCUCUACGGGGAGCUGGCAUGGAAUGGGCAGAUGGCGCAGGACCUGGAAGGCCUGUGUCCCUGCAGGGGAGUCCCAGGCACAGGACUCUGGGCUGCGGUGUGCCGGGGCGAGCCGCCUUUAAGGGCGCAAGUAGAAGGCUGUCACAGAGCAGAGAGCCGGGAGAGGGUGACGUGUGGAGGGCUGGCCCAGCACCGCUGCCAGAACAAGCCAGCGGAUAUUUGGCGCAAAGUCCCAAAGCAGCAUUUCUGUUUGGCUCUAUUCGUCUGCAGAGCAAACACUGGCAGAUUGGAAUUCCCACUUGGGUCCUCACCAAUUCAAACAGGCUUGGCCACGACUUUCAAUUGAUUUGCUUGGGGCAGAAGUGCUCUGCCUGCCCAGGCCUGGCAGUGGAAAGCAGGACCCUCCUCACCAACCCCCAGCCUUCAGAUCCAGCAGAGCUGUCCCCAGAUGGCUCGUUCAUCUGCAUUCUGCCAGCCUGGUGGUUUGGUAGCUGCCUUGGAAUGCUGGGGACCUGGGGCUUGAGUCUUUUGGUCACACUCAGGUCCUCCCCUAGCUCCUGUGGGAAGGAUCUAGAAUCCAAGGCUGGAGGUGUUUGGAAGGUGGCUGGAUUUUUUUUUUUUUUUAAACUGCUUGUUGAUUCCACAGCAGGAAGCAGUCCCUAUAUUUUGGAGAUCCGGGCAGUGAGUGAGAAUAUAAACUCUCUUCUAUUUAUUCCAACAGCCCUUAGAAAUCUUAUGGAGAUGCUAGAAACUGCACACCUUGUGUUUUCUUCAAAUGUGGAUGAGACAGGACCCCUCCUAAUUUAAAAGGCCCUUUACCCAGUCACACUCCACUCUCAGUGGUCUCUCUCCCUGCUUUGUUCUCUGUGCCUGGCCCCAGGUUGCCUAGGCCUGUUUGCUUGGUUCACAGGCUCUCAAGAGAGAGGAUGGCUCUGAAUUUCUAAGUAGACUACCCAGAAGGGAGAGCAAUGACUGCUAGUUCUAGUCCCAGGGCUUGGGAAAUGAUGAGAAAGGGGACCCCAUGUGACCGAGACAGAUUUAUCCACAUGUGACUGCCCCGCUCUUCCCCAUGUUCUGCUACCCGGAUCUCUGCUGGUCAGCCCCACCCCUCACCAUUGUUGAGUUCUGUCUGUGACUUUACUAUAGACUCUAGGUGACAAAGUGCUGGGGGGUUGGGGGAGAGCCAGGACUAGACAGGGAAGGGAAGAGAAUUGUUGAGCUUGAAUGCUUUCUUAAUUGGUGCUUUCUAGGUCUCUUCUCCGUGAUGGAGAAUCAGGGUAAAGGGUGAACAGAGAGCAGGUGAAGAGACCAGUCAGAUUACGGUGGAUCUACACCAACAGGAACUGGGACAGGGAGGGAAGAAGAAAGCAAAAGCCGAGGACCAAGAGUCAGAGACUUUUAAGCAGAGGUUCUGACCCAGCUGGAGUGUGAGGCUUGCAAAGGGGAGAAAUGGACAUGACAGGUGUCCUUGAAGGGGGUGGGAACUGGAUCCUCACUGAUGUCCUCUGAGAGAGGCAGGUCAUGCUUGGGAUCAUUCUAGGAUGACUUUUGGUUGCUAACUGUGCCCUUUACAAAUGGAACCCCCUGAAUAGAUUUGACCAUGUGGAAUCUGGAUUAUAUUUGGCCAAAAGAUCAUUCUGUCUAAUAGAGACCUCUCAAGCUAAAAUUGGGAAAUGUUAAAGAGGGCUUUGCAAACCACUGCCUGAAUCCCCAGCUGGGCUCAGAAGCCUCUAGGUGAAGUGGCCUUGGGGGUGGUGGUACCACAUGUGGCUGGAUUUUUGCGAAGUGAAACCAAAGUCUGAAAACAAAGUGUGGAAGAAGCCAAAGAGAUAUGAAGAGUCCAUUCUAGAACUCUUGGGAAACUGGACUGACCCUAGCCUCUGUAAACCAGUGACGGGACAAUGAUGUUCUCACAACAGAGGCACCCCAUUGCCCCACAGUUCAGCACACAUAGCCCUUGACUCCCUUCUUCCCCAGCAGGACCUUGAUGCCUACUUGGUGGUUUGGGAUAAAAAGUCCUCUUCAUAAAAAGGCCUCCAGAGGAGGAGGCAUCCAAUCAGGCUUCGGGCCCAGGCUCUGAAGGUAUAGCCCAUUCUCUUUGUUGACAGUGGAAACAACGCCUUCUAUUCUGUUUUUUCGGCAUUUGUGUUUACAAGAUACUUUCACAUACAUGAUUUGAGACUUGUUGCAACACUUAGGUAUUUUUGUUAUUCCCAUUAAACUGGUAAAACUGA